GGUCUUGUUCACGAGUGAGGGAAGAAUGGAACGGGAGAUCGACAGGCCGAUCGGUGCAGCGUCUGCAGUGAUGCAGACUUUGCAUCGGUCCGUUGUGGUUAAGAAGGAGCUAAGCUGAAAGGUGAAGCUCUUGAUUUACCGGUCGAUCUACGUUCCUACCCUCACCUAUGGUCACAAGCUGUGGGUCGUGACCGAAAGAACAAGAUCCCGGAUACAAGCGGUCGAAAUGAGUUUCUUCCGUAGGGCUCUCCCUUAGAGAUAGGGUUUCUCCUUGUUUCCUUUUCUUUUCUUCUUACUUUACUUUUAUGUCACUUCCGUCUUUUCCUUCCCCCUUUCAUACCACUUCUCUCCUUUCCUCAAAUUCCCUUUGCUUCACCUCUUCCUCUCCUCUGUCCUUGUUUUAUCAUCCCCUUAAUGAGUCUUCCGUGUAAAAAAGAAACUCCCCUCUCACCUCCUCUUUCCAUUCCUCCGUCAUUUCAUUUACUCGUCUCCUUCAUUUCCUUGUCUCUUCCUUCACCUCUUCCUCUUGUCCGCUUUCAUCUACUCAUCUUUCCUUGUCUCCUCCUGUCCGUAGUAUGUCUUCCAUGUAAAAUAGGCUCCUUCACCUUCCCUUCUGUUCUUGCACCCCCUCUCCUUUUUUCUUUCCUUGUCUCCCUUCUCUUUUCCUUUUUUCCAUUUCAUCCCUAUCCUCUUUGCUUUCCUUAUUUCUUCUUAUCCUCUUGUCUCCUUCUUUUCCUUUCCGCUUGUCUCCUUUCCUCGUCACCUCUGUCUCUCCUCCUCUGUCCUUGUGUCCUCCUGUCCUUAGUGAUGGUCUCCACUCCUUUAACUUCAUCCAUCUCCUCCUCCAUUCCUUGUCUCCUUUUUCUUCCACAGUCGUCUUCUUUCAUCAUCUCCUUCUUGCGCGCACGUGUGUGUGUGUGUGUGUGUGUGUGUGUGUGUGUGUGUGUGUGUGUGUGUGUGUGUGUGUGUGUCAAAAGAGAGAGAGGCAAAAAGCGAGUGAGGGGCGGGGAGUUGUGGUCGGGCCGAGGCGGGAGGUGCUGCUGGUGAUGAUGAUGCUGCUGCUCUUCCUCAGUGGUGGUGCACAUGUCGCGUGCACGUCCUUCUGCGCCUUCAUCUCCACCACCACCACCAUCACUCCGGAGAAGACAAGGUUGGACGAGCUCCUCCACAGCCCGCCCCCUCAAAGAAUUCCUGGUAGCUCUCGGAAGACCCUAACCCACCAGGAGGAACAAAAUAAUCCACGAGGAACCUUCUGUACCCUGGUGGAUUUUUUCAGUGGGGACACAGCGGGAACUCAAGCUAUUAGGGCAGCUGGGGACGUUCCUGCAAAGGUUCCUGUGGUGAACUAGCAUCUUUGCCUGCAGUCAUCCUUCGUGUGCCCUCCAGGUAGGGCUGCCAUGUCUCAACUUGCCUUGCCCGUCCCCCUCCUCCUUCCCCUCUUGGCCCUCCUCGUCGUGUCCUCGGUGCCACAAUGCCAGUCAGAGUCCCAGUGGGGGACGGUGGUCUCAGCCUCCAUGCUGCCCUCUUCCCUGCCUUCCGCCGGGCCAUAUGGAAACAGCAGUGUGCCGGCCAAGGGGAAGUGCGACGACGUGACUGUGUGCAAGCCGGGCAUCCUGCUCCCCGUCUGGCGGCCCAACCGGCCCGGCCUCGGAGACCAGAUCACCCGGGCGAUGGUCUACUUUGUGUCUCUCAUGUAUAUGUUCCUGGGCGUGUCAAUCAUCGCCGACCGCUUCAUGGCGUCCAUCGAGGUCAUUACAUCACAGGAGAAGGAGGUGACCAUCACCAUGCCAAACGGGGAAACAUCAGUGGCGACGGUUCGAAUCUGGAACGAAACAGUGUCCAAUCUGACGCUCAUGGCUCUGGGAUCCAGCGCCCCGGAGAUCCUGCUGUCGGUCAUAGAGGUGUGCGGUCACGAAUUCAGGGCGGGCGAGUUGGGACCGGGCACCAUCGUGGGCAGCGCCGCCUUUAACAUGUUUGUGAUCAUCGCCAUCUGCGUGUGGACCAUCCCCCAGGGCCAGGUGCGCAAGAUCAAACACCUGCGGGUCUUCUUCAUCACGGCCUUCUGGAGCAUCUUCGCCUACAUCUGGCUCUACCUCAUCCUGUCCGUCAUGUCGCCCGGCGUGGUAGAGGUCUGGGAGGCCUUGGUGACCCUACUCUAUUUCCCAGUGUGCGUCAUCCUGGCCUGGAUUGCCGACCGGCGCCUGCUCUUCUACAAGUACAUGGGCAAGCGCUACCGUGCCGACAAACGCCAUGGCAUUGUCGUGGAGAUGGAGGGAGACCUGACGCCCAACAAGGGCGGCAUGGAGAUGAGCGCGGACGGCAAGUUCCCCCCACGGGGGGGUGGCGUGGUCCCCGCCGAGAACCGCACUGGAGACGCGGCGGCCAAUAACGUUGGUGUGGCGUCAGCCGCGUCCACGGGUGCUGCAGGCAACUUGCCCAACUCCAACAGUGCCAUGGUUAACUUGGAGACAAGUCGGGAGCUAGACGAGAGCCGCAAGGAGGUCAUCCGGAUCCUGAAGGAGCUGAAGCAGAAGUAUCCGGACAAAGAGCUCGACCAGCUGGUGGAGCUGGCCAACUACUACGCCCUGCUGCACCAGCAGAAGAGCAGAGCCUUCUACCGCAUACAGGCCACUCGCAUGAUGAUCGGAGCCGGUAACGUCCUGAAGAAACACGCCGCCGACCACGCUCGGCGCGCCGUGGUCACCGACGAGGAGGCGCCGCAAGAUGACGACCUUGCCUUGUGCAGCCGCAUCUCCUUUGAAAGCGCUCACAGCCAGUGCAUGGAGAACUGCGGCAUCCUCACACUGGCUGUCAUAUGCCAAGGGGGCCUGGGAAAGAACACCUUCUACGUGGACUACAGGACCGAGGACGGUUCGGCCAAUGCCGGCUCCGAUUAUGAGUACGGUGAAGGAACUCUGGUUUUCAAACCCGGAGAGAAUCGUAAGGAGAUUAAGGUCGGCAUCAUCGACGACGACAUCUUCGAGGAGGACGAGCACUUCUUUGUGCGACUGCUCAACCUGCGGGUGGGCGACGCGGAGGGCAUGUUCGAAAGCGACGAGCCGGGUGCCGCACCCAAGGGCCGGCUGGUGGAGCCCCUGGUUGCCACAGUGACCAUCCUGGACGACGACCACGCUGGCAUCUUCACCUUUGGCGAGCGCAUGCUGCGCGUCAGCGAGAGCGUGGGCACUAUGGGGGUGACGGUGGUGCGCAACUCGGGCGCCCGCGGUACCGUCAUCCUUCCGUACCACACCGAGUCGGGCACGGCCAAGGCAGGCGAGGACUACGAGGAUGCGCAGGGUGAGCUGGAGUUCACCAACGACCAGACAACUCAGACGCUUCAGGUGAGGAUUAUUGAUGAUGAAGAAUACGAGAAACAUGAAAACUUCUUUAUCGUGUUGGAGGAGCCACGCUGGCUGAAAAGAGGAAUUUCAGCUCUGCUACUCAGCCAAGAGGGGUACGAGGGCCAGCUGAACGCUGAGGAGGAGGAGGCCCGGAGGAUUGCGGAGAUGGGCAAGCCCAUCCUGGGGGAGCACAGCCGGCUGGAGGUGGUCAUUGAGGAGUCAUAUGAGUUCAAGAGCACCGUCGACAAGCUCAUCAAGAAGACCAACUUGGCGCUGGUCAUCGGCACACACUCCUGGAGGGAGCAGUUUGUGGAGGCCGUCACUGUGAGCGCAGGCGACGAUGACGAGGAAGAAGGCCGCGAGGAGCGCCUUCCGUCCUGCUACGACUACGUCAUGCACUUUCUCACAGUCUUCUGGAAGGUUCUGUUCGCCUGCGUGCCGCCCACAGAGUACUGGAACGGCUGGGCCUGCUUCAUGGUCUCCAUCAGCGUCAUCGGUCUGCUCACUGCCUUCAUCGGGGACCUGGCGUCACACUUUGGCUGCACGGUGGGACUGCGAGACUCUGUGACCGCCGUCGUCUUUGUGGCCCUGGGAACGUCCAUUCCCGACACGUUUGCCAGCAAAGUGGCCGCCAUCCAGGACCAGCACGCAGACGCCUCGGUGGGCAACGUAACGGGUAGCAACGCCGUCAACGUCUUCCUGGGAAUCGGCGUAGCCUGGUCGGUAGCUGCCAUCUACUGGAGGAUCAAAGGCAAAGAAUUCGAGGUGGAGCCGGGCUCGCUGGCCUUCUCCGUCACGCUCUUCACUAUCUUUGCGUUCAUCUGCAUGGGCGUGCUGUUGUUCCGGCGCCGGCCCUCUAUCGGAGGCGAGCUGGGGGGGUCCCGACUGUCCCGCAUCCUCACCAGCCUUCUUUUUCUAGGCCUGUGGUUCCUCUACAUCCUCUUCUCCAGCCUGGAGGCCUACUGCCACAUCCCAGGCUUCUAAACAGGAGACACAUACAGUACAGAUUUUAACAUGCUCCACAGGUCUAGAUCAGGGGUUCUCAAACUUUUUGGGUCCAGGGAGAAACAUUUCCAAGGACCACCUUAUAAUCCUAAUGGCAAUUAAACAUAACUAUCAUGUGUACCCUUAAAUGCCAUAGGAAUUUAAAAAGUUGCCUAUUUUCGAGAAAAAUGUAACAAUGAUUUGAUAAAUUCACAUUUGUUUUAGAAGCCAACAUGUAAUGUUGUGAAAAUAAAGUCAUGUUUUCCCAUAUAAUAUUCUCCAAAAAUAAAAAAUAGGACUUUAUUCGUGUAAUAAUACACCUUUUAUCCAUCCAUCCAUCCAUUUUCUGAGCCGCUUCUCCUCACUAGAGUCGCGGCUCAGAAAAUGGAUGGAUGGAUAAAAGGUGUAUUAUUACACGAAUAAAGUCCUAUUUUGUAUUCUAAAAAAAAAAAAGAAAGUCUUUAUUCAAAAAGGGAUAUUAGAUUUAUGAUGGUACAUCAUAAUCAUAGAGCUUGUACUGUCCAAAGCUAAGAGGAGUAAUUUUAGUAUUAUUAUUAUUGGCAUGCCCCAUGUAUACGUAUGCACUUUUAAAAAAUGAUACAACAUAAUUUAUUGCAAAUUAUUUUUGCAGACCUCAAGCUAUGGCUUUGGGAUACGGGGACCUCAGUUUGAGAACCACUGGUGUAGAGGACUAUUUGAUGCACAGACACACACAGACACAGACACACACACGUGUCAUAUGAAUGAAUGAAGUGACAGUAAGCAUAUCAGAGGGCAAAAGGUGUUAGGACAGCAAGAAGAGCUGGAGAGAAUGUAGCGUGGAUGCGAAGUGAGGUGGUAUGGACAAAGAAGAUUCAUUGGCAAAGGCGAAAAGGAGUGGAAUGUUUACAAUGACUUUGCUUUUUAAGUGUUUACCUGGCUCAUGGACCAAUCAGAAGUAUGGCACUUGUAAAUAGAACCGCCCACAUCCAGAGCGAGAUGGGCCCCCCAACCGCCGAGUGGACUUCACAGGAGGAAUCAAAGUGUUGGUCCAGGCUUUGCUGUUGUCCUGCACGGUUUCUAUAGUAACCAUAUCCACCCCAGUGUGUGUGUGGGGGGGGGGGUUAGCAUGUGUAGCCAGGAGUGGCAAUACCACCUCAUUCGCGGAAGUACUUUAAAAGCCAUCCUUGCAUUUGUUUGUUUUACAGUCUUCUCACCUAACGAGUCUAGACCAGUGUUUCUCAAAGUGUGGUCAGUGGCCCACUGGUGGUCCCCAAGAAGAAGUCCAAGUGGUCUGUGGUUAACUAAGCGCAGUGUUUACCAACCUCUAUUGAGCCAAGGCACAUAUUUUACGUACAAAAAAAUCUCACAAAAAAAUAUCCAUGUAUAUACUAGAAUAAUGAUGAUUUUGGCUCAAAUUACUUGUAUAUUUACUUGCUCAGUGUGAAAUCUUAGCCUGUUUACUUAAACACUAAACUAUUAUUGUGUCAUAUGAAUGGCAACAGAUGGCUAUGCAGCUUAAUUCUGCCUGUCAAUAUACAUCGCUGGCAUCGAUAAAUUAAAAAACAUACAUUAUUUGUAGUUAAUUGUAAUAUUUGGACCAAUUAAGUGAAAUUGGACCAUUUCCCGUAGCACAUUGAAUCAGUUAAUUAAUUUUUUGACAAAACAUUUCAAGUGAGUUUUUACUUCAUAAACUUCAUGGGUUUACCAUCCAUCCAUCCAUAUUCUGUAUUGUUGAUCUUGUUCAGAGUCAUGGGAAUCUGGAAUCUACAGUAUAUCUCAAUUGACUUUGGGUGACAGGAGGGGUACACCCUGGACUGGUCGCCAGUCAGUGUCAGUGCACAUAUAGACAAACAACCAUUAACAGUUACAUUCACACCUAUGGACAAUUUGGAGUGUGAGUAUAUAGUUCAUUUUUAGUUCAAAUGUCAUUACUGAUACCCUUGUAAAAGGGUAUACUGUACAUAUGUACACGAAAAAGGAUAGGCAGUAUAGAAAAUGGAUGGAUGGAAGUUCAGAGUGUCCACCGUAUGCUGUUGGAGUAGGAGGGAGGUAGGACGGUAGGUUGUCUGCAGGAUUUUACAUUUUGAGGAAGUGGUCCAGUUGCUGAAAAACUUGGGGAAACACUGAUCUAGACUAAACUAGUGCGGCAUGUAUCCCAGCGGACCAUAUCUUGCAGGUAAUGCAUGGGUGAUCAAUUUGGCAUAUAAAGCCAGAGAUUUUUUUAUUUUUUCUUGAGUUAUAUCUCGUCGGUGGGAUCUUUGUCCGCACAAUGCUUGGUGAUACCACCCAUACAAUGCCUUAACAAUAACAGCAUCAAGCAAAUGUGAGGCGAGAUUUGAUUGGUUUCUCUUAUCGUCCUGCACUCGGGAUUCACGAUAAAUGGAUUUCUGACAAUAGCAAGUUGAGGAAGGGUGGCAUGUUUGUUUGUGGUCUUAAGGGACAGAGUAAAGGUCCUACAAGCAGCAGGUGCUGCAUCGUUAUAUUCAUGUUUAAAUCAGAUCUCGUAUCUGUAGUCGUAGUAUGAGUUUUAUUGUUAGUCGCUGGAUUCAGGUAACACAGCCCAUUGAGUCAGAUAUGUGCUGUGCCGUAUUGCACAGUUCACCCUAGCCCGAAUCCCCUAACCAUAACCGUACACUAACCCCAAACCCUUAUCCUAACCUUGCACAAUUCACCAUAACCCCGACGCCUAAGGCUACGUUCACAGGUUUCUCAUGUUUCUAUCACAGUUUUCGUGAAGGUCUGGGAUCAAAGGUGCACUUUCCCACAGUUUAUCAUGGAUGCCCGUCACAUUCUGAUGGGGGUCCCUCACAUUUCCCACGUUCUGUCCAGGCUGUCUACGCAUAAAACGUGGAGGCCAGGCAGCGUUGGGAUGCAUUUGUUGCCCGGCAGUCAAAUGUGCUCAUGCCUCCAGAGUCGACCUCAGCACGCCCCCACACGUGUAUACUGCCACACAGUAAAUGAUUGGUAAUAUUAGUUCUCUGUCAACAAGUAAUUCACUAAUCCAUCUUUUGUACAAAAACAUGCUAAAUAGUCUGUUAUUCACACAAAAUGUGAGUAUAUUGCAUUGCACUGCAUAGCAGACAUUUUCUGCCUCUCUCGAUCUCUCUCAUGGACACACACAAGCGUUUGCCACGGCAGGUAUUGUAGGUAAAUUAAACGCAUAGCUUUAGAAGUGUUGUAGGUGCUGAAUGUGAGAUGGCGGCGUAAAAAUAUGCUUCGCGUCCCACUAGGAACCGCCUCCAAGUUGUGUUACACCCUACUACGUAUAGGUUUAGUUGCAUUCGCCCUGUUCUACGACUGCUGAUUAGGUUUCUUAUCUGCAGCGUGACUGCCGUGGCGACUUUUUUUUUUUUUUUUUUAAAGUUAAAAAAAUAUUGCCGGGCACCCACGGCAAUCAUCGUCUGUCACGUUGACCCGUCCCCGUUCCCCGCAUUGUCUCACAACCAUCACUUUUUAUCCACGGCGGUCUGAAACGUGGUGCGUACGUAGCUUUAAACUAAGCCGACCUUGACCCUAACCAUUACCUUACCCUAAACUUCUAACUCUAACCGUAAAACCCUAACCCUAGAAUUUGUAUCCUACUGAAAAAGGUACUCAAGGAGGUGCAAACUGCAUGAUGUACAACCAUUCAUAGGGCCAGGGUGUGCUGCUUUCCACACUGCAAGCAAGUGUAUUCAUGAGCCAUGUGCAAAGAUUACACGAUAUGAGCCCAGAGUAGCAGCAACACAAGUACAGCACAGUCCUCUGGACAAUUGUUUACUGUAAUAUUCUGCGCGGUGACGACGACGCGCAUCAGUCGUUUCGCCAGCAACAAGUGCAAUCUACCAUAGUGAGAUGAAAACCACUUCAUUUUGCCUGAACGGAGCAAAGUUUGUAACCUUUCUAGAGCUAAUUUUGUAUAUUUUCCUUGCAGCUACAACGAAGGUUGUUUAUUUUGUACUUCUGAACCAUGUUCAGAGUGAUCUCAGUGCACACAAACACACUCGAGUUUACAUGACCUCAUUACUGACAAUAGAGAUUUUGAUAAGUCUCGUGUAGAAUAUCAUAAGCAUCCGUAUCAAAUAGCGAGAGCUAACCAUGUGUGCUGACUGCCGUUUCGAGUUGAAGAGUAUUUAUUUAGAUAUUUAUUUAUGUGCAGUAGGGCCUACAUGACGAUCAUAAGAUGUCCCGGCGGGUCCUUUGUUUCAAUAUGUGCAAUACAGGAAACGUGUCAUGUGGCUGUGUUCGGAAUCAUUCACUCAUUCCCUUUUUGAUAUAGUGGACUAUAUACAGAAGUUCGCUCAUCAGUCAAAUUGCUUUCAUUACCGCAACGUACCAGAUCAAUGUCAUCUGGUAGACCUUCCGUAGUAAUGAUUGAAUACAUAAAACAAUACAACGUUAUUAUAUUUUAAUCUCAGUGUAUUUAAAAAAAUUAACACAAACAGCACAUUAUUUCCGUCCGUGUAGUGAUGUGAGAUAUAUUUGUGCCAAUGGGAUAUAUUGCUAAUGACCAUAGGUUGUUCACUACUUUUAAGAUGCCAUGUGGGAUACAGUGGCACGGUGAACGACUGAUUAGAGCGUCUGCCUCACAGUUCUGAGGACCGGGGUUCAAUCCCCGGCCCCGCCUGUGUGGAGUUUUCUCCGGGCACUCCAGUUUCCUCCCACAUCCCAAAAACAUGCAUGGUAGGUUGAUUGAUGACUCUAAAUUGCCCGUAGGUGUGAAAGUGAGUGCUAAUGGUUGUUUGUUUACAUGUGCCCUGCGAUUGGCUGGCAACCAGUUCAGGGUGUACCCCGCCUCCUGCCCGAAGAUAGCUGGGAUAGGCUCCAGCACACCCGCGACCCUAGUGAGGAUAAGUCGCUCGGAAAAGGGAUGGAUGGAUGGAUGGAUACAAAGAGGGCUCGAUAUAUUGGCUAAUUUAUAUUCACUACAUACUCGAACCGCACUACAACAACAUGGCAACCUCACUGUAUAUGGCACUAUAUAGUGGAUAGGGAGUGAUUCCCAACGCGGCCUAUCGCUUAUUAGCUUCUUCGAUAUGAGGUCGUCUCAGUCAUGUGCCAGUGUUUCUGUUGCUCCUCAUCCCGCUCCCUUUCGUGGCGACUGUUUUGACUGUACAUAUGUAGCAUGUUUACAUGAAAGAACGCCGUGGAACAUGGGUAGAAUAUAACUGACAAGAGUUAGAACAUGACUGUGUUGCAACAUCCAGCCAAUGUUCCGUGUUCCCAGAACCUUCUUUACUGUUUGGCUUCGGCCUUUGCUGUUCUCUAGUUAGAUGUGAUACUCCCUUUUCUCUCGCCAGUGUGUGUGUGUGUGGUGUUUGCUUGUUCUCGCCAUGUUCCUCUACAGUUGCAUGACGAAGCCCCCGUAAUUUAUGUGUUUUUAGCAGCAUGUGAAAUAUGCCUUUGGGUGUAUUUUAUAGGAUCAGUUUCCCUUUGCCCACACAUUCCACAAUGGGUGAAUGAAAGUAGCGACAUAAACAAUGUCUACUAUGUGGUUGAUUUGGAGGAACUGUAAAAUAAAACCCUGCUGUUGUUCUCAAAGCGACUUUUCUAAGCCAUGUCGCAAGUCUUUGUUACUGUACAUUGUCGUUUUUGUGUACCCUGUCUUGUCCUGUUGUUCUGUCUGUGUGUGAACAUUUCUCUCUCUCUCUGCCUGAAGCUUUGUUUGUAGAUUAAACAAAUGUGAUUGAUAUUAGCAUUUAUUCACAGCUGUGAUACAUGAAUAACUCAGAAUAAUAUUUAAAUUUUAUAUCAAAUAUUUAAAAAAUUAUAUUAAAAAACGCUUGUUUUUCAGAACAUGGCAUGAGGUGUAAUGUGCUACUGAAAGAAAACUAAGGUUCUCUAUUCAACAGAAGUUAACAUUAUUUGAAUACAUUUUAUUUAUUUUCAAGG